AAGCCGUCCCAUGGUCUAUAAAGUAUAAAAGCUGCACCCGACCACAGGGCAUCAGACGGAGUACCGCAAGACAUCGCAUCAGACAUGGGCAAGAUCAUCUUCUACGAGGACAGGAACUUCCAGGGCCGCUCCUAUGAGACCAGCAGCGACUGCGCGGAGCUCACCUCCUUCCUGAGCCGCUGCCACUCCUGCAGGGUGGAGAGCGGCUGCUUCAUGGUCUACGACCGCUCCAACUACAUGGGGAACCAGUACUUUGUGAGGAGGGGCGAGUACUCGGACUACUCCCGCAUGGGCAUGAGCGACUGCAUCAGAUCCUGCCGCAUGAUCCCCAUGCACAGAGGAUCCUUCAGGAUGAGGAUCUACGAGAAGGAGAACUUCGGAGGUCAGAUGCACGAGCUGAUGGACGACUGCGAGUCAUUCCAGGAGCGUUACCGCAUGUCCGACUGCCAGUCCUGCAACGUGAUGGACGGCCACUGGCUCAUGUACGAGCAGCCCCACUUCAGAGGCAGGAUGAUGUACAUGAGGCCUGGGGAGUACAGGAGCUUCAGAGAUAUGGGCUACAGCAACAUGAAAUUCACGUCCAUGAGGCGCAUCAUGGACACUUGCUAAAUUCACUGGCAUUAACUUUUGAGAUGCCUGAUGAAAAUAUAAAAUAAAAAAAGUAAAAUUUG